AACCAGUCCUCUUAAGAACUUAGACCCUUACCUGGAUGAAAAUGGACUCCUCAGAGUAGGUGGUCGUAUCACUGACUCAAACUUGACUCAUGGUGAAAAGAACCCACUUCUAGUUCCAGGCCACCACCAUGUUGCAGUUCUUCUCAUAAAGCACUAUCACAGUCAAGUUCAUCAUCAAGGUCGCUUGUUUACAGAAGGAGCUAUACGCUCUGCAGGAUGGUGGAUAGUGGGUGGCAAAAGAAAGGUGAGCACAAUCAUUUACAAUUGUGUAACCUGCAAAAGACUUCGGGCUCCCCUGAGCACGCAAAAAAUGUCAAACCUCCCUCCAGACCGUCUUGCAACAGACCCUCCAUUUACCAAUGUUGGCUUAGAUGUGUUCGGCCCAUGGUUUGUGUCUUACCAACGUACCAGAGGAAGUGUGAACCAAAACAAAAGGUGGGCUGUCAUUUUUACAUGCCUGAGCAUUAGGGCAGUUCACAUCGAGGUGAUAAACUCACUCGACACAUCUAGCUUUAUUAAUGCAUUUAGACGGUUUCUGGCUAUAAGAGGACCUGUAAAAACUAUUCGUUCUGAUCGGGGUACCAAUUUUGUCAGUGCAUGUAAGGAACUGAAAAUACCCUCAAACUUGGAUAAUCUAGCUCUACAGUCCUACUUAAAGGAAAAUGGAUGUACUUGGACUUUCAAUCCUCCGCAUGCUUCUCAUUUUGGCGGGUCAUGGGAAAGAAUGAUAGGCCUGGCCCGGAGAAUUUUGGACUCUAUGUUUUUCAAACUCAAGACCACAAAACUCACUGAUGACGUUCUCAUCACCUUCAUGGCAGAGGUGGCAGCUAUUAUAAAUGCAAGACCUCUUGUCCCAGUCUCUUCAGACUCAAGUGACCCUUUCAUCUUGACUCCGGCUACUCUUCUUACCCAGAAAGUUAUCCCUCUUCAGGCUCCAGCUGGCCACUUCACAGCUUCGGACAUUUACAGACACCAGUGGCGUCAGGUGCAGCAUCUGUCAAAUGUCUUCUGGGACAAGUGGAAGAAAGAAUUUCUUCCUACUCUACAGCCACGUCGCAAGUGGCAAUCCAACCAACUUAAUGUGAGCUUAGGAAGUGUCGUCGUACUCAAAGACAGUCAAGUACCAAGAAAUGAAUGGCCUCUUGGACUCAUAACCCAGGUGUUUCCAAGUAAAGAUGAUAGAGUACGUCAAGUAGAAGUUAAGGUAGCUAAAGCAGAUGGUUCAAAAAUGCUUGUAAGACCUAUCUCAGAAAUUGUAGUUUUGGUUCCUUCAUAAGAUAUUUGUUUG